AUGAAACCGAACGACCUUCAGACGAUUCGAGCAGACGUCACAGUAUACUCCAAGAAAAUACCCCAGGAAAACGUGCAGCCUGAGACGGAGAAUCUUCAGUAUCGCGAGCAUUUGUUCAUCCAAGAACGCUGGGACCGAUUUCAGCUCCUUAUAAGCGGGAUGAAGCAGCUGGUGGAAGUGAUCAACAAGCUCCAAGAUGCAUUUUCUUGCACUUGCUCCCUCCAUCUUCAACUCCCCAUGAUCGCCGUCGUCGGCGGACAGAGCGCAGGCAAGUCCUCCGUCAUCGAGGCGAUCGCCGGCAGGGACUUUCUGCCUCGGGGUACCGGGACCGUCACCAGACGUCCGCUCAUUCUUCAAAUGAUACCAGAUGCGAAAGAAUACGUGGAGUUUCUCCACCAGCCUGAGACGAAGUUCACCGAUUUCGAAGCAGUGAGGAAAGAGAUCCAGGAGGCAACCGACAAAGAAGUGCCAGACAAGGCCAUCUCCAGUCGGCCCAUCAACCUCAGACUCUAUUCCCCUUACGUUCUUCAGCUCACUCUGGUCGAUUUGCCCGGUUUAACCAAGAACCCUGUCAACGACCAGCCUACUAACAUCGAACAACUUCUCCGUGACAUGAUCUUGGAGUACAUCGAGCCCGAGAACACGCUGAUCUUAGCUGUGAUCCCCGCCCCAGAGGACCUGGCAAAUUCCGACGCACUCAAACUCGCUCGCCAAGUCGACCCCGCUGGUGAGAGAACGAUCGGGGUGCUGACGAAGCUGGACCUCAUGGAUCGAGGCACAGAUGCACGGGAAGUUUUGGAGAAUAAAAUCAUCCCUUUGAAGCGAGGAUACGUUGGAGUGGUGAACAGAUCACAGGCAGACAUCACCGGAGGGAAAAGCAUGAAGGCCGCCAGGGAAGCAGAGGAAGCCUUCUUCAAGGAGAAUUACAAGAACCUGACGGGCCGAGUCGGGACAAAGGUGCUUCAACAGGUGCUCAACCGACAAUUGGAGGAGCACAUCAGAGAGAAACUGCCAGGGAUCCGCUCUUUCCCGAACUUGAAACAAGAAGUCCUGAUCCGGGUGAUGGAGCAAUUGAGGCGAAAUGAAUCGAGCUGCAAGGAACUCCUGGACACGUACCUUGAAGCGGAGUGUGCCUUCAUGAACACAAACCAUAUUUUGAUGAAGCGAAGCGAUGUUUUGGCCGAAGCCGAUCAAAGGGAAGCGGAAGAAGCGAAAGUGAAUAACGACACAGUUGUCGUGCGGGUACCCACACCCAGGCCCACAACGGUGACGGAGAGGAUUCAUCAAGGGUAUCUGCACAUCUCCGGUGAAUCUAUAUUCUCGUGGAAGAAGAAGCGGACCUGGGUUGUCCUCACUUCUGUUCAUCUCAUCGCAUUCAAGGACGAUCGGGAAGACGUGGAGUUGAUGCGAUUCAAUAAUGAUGAGAUCCAGAUUGAGGUGAAGAAUGAUUCGAAAAAGAUCCUGAAGAGAUUCACUGUCAAUCGAAUCGACGGCAGGCCUCUAUGGAAAGGACGCACGAAAGAUGUAGAGAUCAUAUACGAUGGGAAUGAGGGGAAAAAAUUCUUCGAUGAUCCGUGUUUGGACGAAUACGGCAACCUGCAAAACGACCAGUACACGCCACACCGAUGGUCCCUCAUUCAACCCCGUAAAAUCGACUUUGCUAAAAAAUUCGAGACGGACAUCACGCUGAACAAAGAUGCAGAAUUCGUCCUGGAAAAGAUCCUUCAUUACAUGCGGAUCGUGAAGCAGAACAUCCAGGACCUCACGCCAAAGUACAUCGUCCUCAAGUUGAUCAAGAAGCUAUUGAUAUACAUAUCGGAGGAGCUCGUAGUGGAAAUCCAGGAGAACAGUGAUAUUGACAAGAUAAUGGAGAGAGGAGGAGACGAGGAAAUGAGGAUGAGGGCACUGCAGAGUGAAUUAAAAAGGAUUGAAGAAGUCCUGAAAAUAAUAGAAACCAUCAAAUGGCCCAACAUUCACCCCUAUGAUUGACCAUCUCCUUCCGUUAUUCAAAUUUUCUACUUUUAUGAACCUGAAUUGCCUUCCUUGCUUUAUCAAAUAUACUCAAGCCUCUAGGUGAGCCUCUAUCCUAAAAUAUACGCA